AUGCCGCCUCAGAGGCGUUGGACCCGCGAGGCCGCUGAGCGUGAUAGCUCACUUUAUGUCGUGAAGAGAGAUGGAAGGCAUGAGAAUAUAUGUUGUGAAAAAAUUUCAAAAAGGUUACGUCGUCUUUGUGAUGGGCUUCAUGAAGAAUUCAUCGAUAUUAACCAGAUAACUGACAAGGUUGUGGAGGGUUUGUUUGCUGGAGUCUCUACCUCGCAGUUGGAUUCUCUUGCUGCUGAGAUUUGUGCAAGUUUGAUAACUAGACAUUACGACCAUGGUGUUCUUGCAGCCCGUCUGUUUGUGUCGAAUUUACAUAAGGAGACUCCAUGCAAAUUUUCUGAUGUGAUGGAAGACCUGUACAAAUACAUCAAUUCUAAAACCAAAAUGCAUACGCCAAUGGUCUCUGAUGAGUUGAUUGACAUAGUUAGGAGAAAUCGCGAUCGAAUAGACGCCGCCGUCGAUAGUCAGCGUGACUUUGGCUUCAACUACUUCGAGAAAUCGUAUCUUCUUCGUAGGGAUGGAAAAAUUUGGGAGAGGCCCCAGUAUAUGUUUAUGCGCGUCUCUAUCGGUAUCCAUGGUGAGGAUCUUGAUGCUGCUAUUGAGACGUACAAUCUCAUGUCCGGAAAGUGGUUGAUUCAUGCUUCACCCACUCUUUUUAAUGCUGGGACGCCUAUUCCUCAGAUGUCCAGCUGCUUUUUGCUUACGAUGAAAGAUGACAGUAUUGAGGGCAUAUAUGACACGCUCAAACAAUGUGCACUUAUCUCAAAAAGUGCUGGUGGAAUCGGUCUCAAUGUUCAUUGUAUCCGGAGUAAGGGCACUUUCAUCGCUGGGACUAAUGGCGAGUCCAACGGUCUUGUACCGAUGCUUCGGGUCUUCAACAGUACUGCUCGGUAUGUUGAUCAGGGGGGCAAUAAGCGACCCGGUGCCUUUGCCAUUUAUCUCGAACCGUGGCAUCCGGAUGUGCUGCAGUUUGUGGAAUUACGGAAGAACACUGGUGCCGAGGAAGCUCGCGCGCGAGAUCUCUUCCUUGCACUUUGGAUUCCGGAUCUAUUCAUGAAGCGUGUUGAAGCAGGUGGCCCAUGGACCUUUAUGGACCCCCACGAAUGCCCCGGUCUUGCUGACUUUUGGGGGGAGGAAUUUGAAACGCUCUACACAAAGUACGAGUUAGAAGGUCGAGGUCGCAAGACGCUACCUGCCCAGGAAGUCUGGUAUUCUAUCAUUGAAAGUCAAAUUGAAACGGGCAAUCCGUUUAUGUUGUACAAGGAUUCUUGCAAUCGCAAAUCCAAUCAGCAACACCUAGGGACCAUAAAGUGCUCAAAUCUUUGCACUGAAAUUGUCGAGUACAGCUCGCCUACAGAGACUGCUGUCUGUAAUUUGGCUUCCAUUUCCCUUCCUAAAUUCGUGGACACAGCCUCAAGGAGCUUUGACUUUGCCGAGUUGCAGUAUGUGACUGAAGUCAUAACGAAAAACCUUAACAAAGUCAUUGAUAGGAACUAUUAUCCUGUUGAAGAGGCUCGAAGGUCGAACAUGCGUCACCGACCGAUUGGCAUUGGAGUCCAGGGUCUCAGCGACGCCUUCGUUCUAAUGCGAUAUCCGUUUGAUAGUCCAGAAGCGGCGGCGUUAAAUAAACGCAUUUUUGAGACGAUAUACUUCUCGGCUUUGAAUGCUUCUUGCAAGUUGGCGGAGACGGAUGGUCCUUUCGAGUCCUACUCGGGAUGUCCCGUUAGCAAAGGUGUUCUUCAGCCUGACAUGUGGGGUGUCGACACUGAUGAAUUGUCGAGAAUCUCAGGACUUGAUUGGGCCGGUCUUCGUCUGCGCAUCAAAGAGUUUGGAGUGCGCAAUAGUCUCUUAAUCGCUCCUAUGCCCACGGCCUCGACAGCUCAGAUUCUAGGUAACACAGAGUCGACCGAACCAGUGACCAGCAAUGUGUUUGCUCGUCGUGUUCUGUCGGGCGACUUCCAAAUCGUUAACUCACACAUGCUUCGUGAUCUGAUUGACCUCGGCAUUUGGUCGGACCACCUAAAGACGGCGAUCAUUUCUAAUCAGGGAUCCAUUCAAGAUAUUGACGGAAUUCCGGAGGAUCUCAAAGCGCUCUACAAAACGGUUUGGGAGUUACCUCAGAAAAAAAUACUCGAUUUGGCAGCUGAUCGUGCUCCAUUCAUUGACCAAAGCCAGUCUCUUAACUUGUACAUGAAGGAGCCCAACUACGGGAAAAUCACGAGCAUGCAUUUCUACGCCUGGAAACGUGGGCUCAAAACGGGAAUGUAUUAUCUGCGCACUAGGCCUGCUGCCGACCCCAUUAAGUUCACCGUCAACAAGAAGGAGGUCAGCGUCAUUUUGGCUGCCGGUUUCGGCAAGACCGUCUCUCUCGCUGACAAGGAGAAUCAGAGCGGGGAGGUGGUCGAAGCAACGAAGUUGGUGGAAAAGGCCUACAAGAAGAAUCUGGAGACGAUUGCGUGUUCACUGAAGAAUCCUGACACUUGUGUCAACUGCUCUGGCUAG